AAACACAUCCCACCACGACUCGACACCCCACCACCCACGACGCGCCAACAAACGUCGUGAGACGAAUCGAACUCGAGGAGUCUCCCCCUCCAAAAGGGGCAAUUAGGAACUCUCAACACAGACCGCCCUUCUCAAACCCUCUAGGAUCCCACUCGAAUGUGUUAGUGAAGAAGGAAGAAAAAGAGUGAAAGAAAAGUAAGGCCCUAAAAAGGAAGAAGGGGAGAGGAAACGGAAACGAGUAGACAAGUAUGGAGGACGCACAUAGGAAAAUCGAGCUACAGUCCCGCGACGACCUCGCGUACCUGCUCACCAACGUCCGGCGCGCCGCGCAGGAACAGCUCGACAAUGCGUUCCCGCACAUCGAGGGCAGCAAUGCGCAAGAGGACGAGCUGCGGGCGCCUAUUGAGCGUCUAGUCAACGAGUACAUCGACAAAACAUUCACCUACGCAGCCCCAAACCUCUCUAUAAACGGCAUGGACACCGACCCGUCAGCCUUCCUCUCCAACAACGCAUCCUCAGACGAACCAGAAGAAGCCUACGAACCCUGGGACGCCCGCCUCCGCCAGCGCGUCGAAGACCUCGCGCGCGAAGAAGAAGACCUCCUCAACGAAAUCGCCGCCCUCAAAAAAUCCGUCCCCGGCGCCAUCGCGACAGCCGCCACGAACGAGUUCAAAGCCGCCGCGGCAGCGGACGAGGCCGCCUUCGAGGCUGCUAAAAAGUUGAAAGAGGACGAGGCGAGGGAGAUGGAGGCCGAGGUGCUCCCGCUCGAGGCGAUGGAGAGGAGGGGCGAGGUGAAGGAGGCGUUUGGGGGCGCGGUGGGCGGGUUGGGGAGGUUGAAGAAGACGAUGCCUGCUACUGUUGCCAAGAUGGAGAGGGCGAGGGUUGCUGGGGAGUAUACUGUUACGGAACGAUCGUGA